GCCGGGACAUGGCCGCCGCCGGUGCCGGCUCCUGGAGCUGAGCGCCCGCCGCCUACAGGCAACCGCCGUCCUCAGCCGUCCGCGGGCGGGCCGAGGAGUCGCGGCCGCCGCGGGGGAGGAGCCGCCGCGCCGGGCACAUGGCGUCCAUCUUACUGAGGAGCUGCCGCGGCCGGGGGCCCGCCCGCCUCCCGCCGCCCCGCGCCGCCGUGCCGCGGGGUCGUGUGGGGGAUUGUGUCUGCCUCAGUUGUGCCAACACCAUGGGGUUGAUGAGCUGCGUGAGUCUGCCGUUGGGCGGCCACACUCCCGUCCGCCCCGUGCACCUUCCCCUCCGAGGCGACCCCCUCGGCUGCUGGACGCUGAGGCCCAAGCGCACGUGCGUGGUGGUCGCGGGGCCGAGGCUCCUUCCUGUGCGCUGCUGGCACGCGUCACGCCCGCUGGGCGACGACUCCGUGGUGGAGAAGUCCCUCAGGUCCCUAAAGGACAAGAACAAGAAGCUGGAAGAAGGCGGCCCUGUGUACAGCCCUCCCGCAGAGGCCGUGGUGCGGAAGCCCCUGGGGCAGCGGGUCCUGGACGAGCUGAAGCACUACUACCACGGCUUCCGUCUGCUCUGGAUCGACACCAAGAUCGCCGCCCGCACGCUCUGGCGCAUCCUCCACGGCCACGGCCUGACCCGCCGCGAGCGCAGGCAGUUCCUGCGGAUCUGCGCCGACCUCUUCCGCCUGGUGCCCUUCCUGGUCUUCGUGGUGGUGCCCUUCAUGGAGUUCCUGCUUCCUGUCGCCGUGAAGCUUUUCCCCAACAUGCUGCCGUCCACGUUCGAGACCCAGUCCAUCAAGGAGGAGAGGCUGAAGAAGGAGCUGCGGGUCAAGCUGGAGCUGGCCAAGUUCCUCCAGGACACCAUCGAGGAGAUGGCCUUGAAGAACAAGGCAGCCAAGGGCAGCGCCACCAAAGACUUCUCCGUGUUUUUCCAGAAGAUCCGAGAGACGGGUGAGAGGCCCAGCAAUGAGGAGAUUAUGCGUUUUUCCAAACUGUUUGAGGAUGAGCUGACCCUGGACAACCUCACGCGCCCGCAGCUGGUGGCGCUGUGCAAGCUGCUGGAGCUGCAGUCCAUCGGCACCAACAACUUCCUGCGCUUCCAGCUCACCAUGAGGCUGCGCUCCAUCAAGGCCGAUGACAAGCUCAUCGCCGAGGAAGGGGUGGACAGCCUCAACGUCAAGGAGCUGCAGGCGGCGUGUCGGGCGCGAGGCAUGCGGGCCCUGGGCGUCACGGAAGACCGUCUGCGGGACCAGCUGAAGCAGUGGCUGGAGCUGCACCUGCACCAGGAGAUCCCCACGUCGCUGCUCAUCCUGUCCCGCGCGAUGUACCUCCCCGACACGCUCUCGCCCGCCGACCAGCUCAAGUCCACCCUGCAGACCCUCCCGGAGAUCGUGGCGAAGGAAGCCCAGGUGAAGGUGGCCGAGGUGGAGGGCGAGCAGGUGGACAACAAGGCGAAGCUGGAGGCCACGCUGCAGGAGGAGGAGGCCAUCCGGCAGGAGCACCGGGAGAAGGAGCUGCAGCGGCGCGCGCAGGCGGCGAAGGAAGCGGAGCCCGAGGUGGCGGCGGAAGGUGCCCCGGGGAGGCCGGUGGCCGGGCCGCAGCCGCAAGAGCCUGAGGUGACCCUGCCGUCUGAGGCCCUGAAGGACAGCGCGCCCGUCCUGGAAGGCUUGAAGGAAGAGGAAAUAACUCAGGAGGAAAUUGACAUACUCAGUGACGCCUGCUCGAAACUGAAGGAGCAGAAGAAGUCCCUGAUGAAGGAGAAGGAGGAGCUGGAGCUGCUGAAGGAGGACGUCCAGGACUACAGUGAGGACUUACAGGAGAUCAAGAAGGAACUCUCAAAGACCGGCGAAGAAAUACACGUGGAGGAGUCCAAAGCCAGCAAGAGGCUGACCCGGCGGGUGCAGCACAUGAUCGGGCAGAUGGACAGCCUGCUCGCGCAGCUGGAGGCCGACCAGGAGGCCGGCAGGCUGGGCCCGGCCGCCGAGGGCUCGCCCGCGGGGGAGACCGUCAUCAGCGUCAGCGAGCUCAUUAGCGCCAUGAAGCAGAUCAAGCACAUUCCCGAAAGCAAGCUUGUCAGCCUGGCCUCGGCACUGGACGAAAAUAAGGAUGGCAAGGUCAACAUCAACGAUCUCGUCAAGGUGAUCGAGCUGGUGGACAAAGAAGACAUUCACAUCUCCACCAGCCAGGUGGCUGAGAUUGUGGCCAUGCUGGAGAAGGAGGAGAAGGUGGAGGAGAAGGAGAAAGCCAAGGAGAAGGCCGAGAAAGAGGCCGCGGAAGUGAAGAACUAGGGCCCUCCCGACUCUCAGGCGCCUUGGUGGCCCUCCACACGUCUCCUCCAUCCUGCCGCGGCGGUCCUGAUGUGAUAAUGAUUGCUUUGAAGUGAUUCUUAGUGACAGAUCUAAUAUUUUGUCUGGAAUAAAUCAAACUUCAUAAUCAAGUAAUUUUUAAUUUUCAUCAUUCCACGAAGAUUCAGUCUGGAAUCCCUGAACCCUCCAGGGAGUCUUCUCUGGAUUCCUACAGCGGCCCAGCGCUACCGUGGUCCCAGCUGUGGCGGGCAAGUGGACGGCCUGCCGGCGGCCAGGGGUUGCGGCCCUGCACAGCCCCCUUGGGUCCCGAGGCGCCUUGGGCUUCCCUGCGUGUCACCUGGUGGUGUCUGCCACGGGAGGAGAGGGCUGGCUGCGUGCACGCCCCAUGGCCAUGGAGCCCCAGGCUUGAGGAUUGGAGUCGCGCAGACACAGCCUCCUUGGCCUGGAGAAGGUGCUUCGUGAGUCGUGGACUUGGAUUCCCAAGUAUCCGUGUAAACAGUAGCGACUCGUGCAUGUUUCCAAGGUCCCACGUGUAACGAGUGAGCAGACACGGCCGUCAUCUCCGGCGUCUCCGUGGCCUCUGGAGAACCUUGUUCUUGGACGGAAUGUCAGGUCUCCGAGUUCCCUCUUAACGACUGUAGCCGAGCUCUCUCGAGUUACCUUUGAUUCUCGCCUAAUCCUUCAACCAAUUAACUGGUACAGAACGUCCUCCUCAACAGCCUGCGCAGCUGAGUAGACGGCACGUGGCUUGUGCCGGGACAGGUAUAAGGAAGCCCUGGAAAGCGUCUCCCGAGCAGUCGUGCGCUGCACUUUUAGAAAGUGCCCUCGUUUGGGCUGUCCGCGCCUCACCGCCCCGUGGGUGUUCAGGGCGGGUUCCGCUGCUCGUCGGGUGACAGCUCAGGGCCUCCGCAUGCCCACCGCGCCCACCCUUCACCCCGGAGGCCGGGGGGCACCCGAGGGGCCUGCAUGUUUCUGGGCGAGGCACCAGCUGCGCCCACACCCGGCGGCCUGGGGGGGCGGGCAGCCUGCGGCCCCAGCUCCUCGAGCCCGGCUCGUCCCGCGACGGCGGCUCAUUCGGCAAGAAGGUGCUUUGGGGGACACCAAGCAUAGGAAGGGGCGGGCGGGGGACGAGGAGGGAGCUUCCACGUGACCUGAAACGUCCCUCAGCCGCGAAAGAAGAAACUUGACAAGAUAGGAAUGAGAGUCUGUGUCCUCACGUGUAAACCUCUGUAAAGGGACAGUGGGCUCUAAGGGGUCUGUGUUCCGGCUGUGUAAGGGGCACGCUGUCCACGGCGGGUGCCGUCUACGACGCACCUCGCGCGGUCUCCGCAGCCGGGUUUUCCGCGUGAGCUGCGGUCGCCCCCGUGCCCGCGACGGGGCCGUCUUUCCGGCGGCUCCGUCCUCACCUCGCUGCCUUCGCCCGGCGCCCCGGCCUGUGUCCCCCGCUGCAGCAGGCAGGCCCCCUCCCCAUGGCGCGGCGGGGCCCUUCCCCGGCGUCUGUACCCUGGGCCACAGUCUGCUGCCGGCUUCCCCUCCGCCUCGCUUGUUUUUACGGCCCUGAACUUUAUUUAUUGCAGCUGAGAGGCGCGCCCGGCGCAGGCGGAUGGAACGUGGUCCCGGGAGCGAGAGGCGUGUGUGACGGGGCGUCGGGGCGGCUCUGUGUCCACGGAGCGCCCGGCCUUCCCGAGCUUUCUCAGGAGCGCCCUUGUCCUCAGGAGCUCUGACGCCGUGGGAAUUCCUCCUCCCUCACUCCACCUGAGCACCCACUUUUUAUUAGGGAUUUAGGAAAUUGGCACACGGCUGCCACAGUCACUUUGGAAUAUCAAAAUCCAGACUUUAGAAAUGAAGGGCGCCUCGUAACUUGUGAAGGGUCGCCUCCAGGCAGCGGGCCGGGGCCGCAGCCGCGCUGUCCCCACGUCCUCCAGGGGCCCAGGGUCGGCUUCGCCUGAGGGCCGCCUCCUCGCGCUGUGUGUAAACAUCUUUUUUAGACAUAGUGUUUUUAUUAAAAUAUCAAAUUCACGUUCCUGUAACAGCUCAGAGCAAGAUUUCUGAACCACGUGAGUCGGGGUGGGACAUGGCCGAGUUGUCUGAGCAUCAGGUUCUGGCCUCACGGCAGAAGGGGGUGCCGAGGGGGCCUCCAGCACUCCAGCCCUGGCCUCCGGUGUCCCCCGUUCUGUGACUGCGCUCCGCCCGUCCCCUCAGACUGUGCCGGGGACUAGACACUCGAUUCGAUGUCAGGAGAAGGUUGAAUAAAGCGCUGUCUUG